GUUAAGCAAGUCUGGUCUGGUCACCCCUGGACCUGGUAAUAUCCCUGUAGGCUCGUAUCUUUCAAAACAUUACGGUCUCCUGCCUGCAAGUUCUUCAAAGUAUUGUCACAUGCAAAGAAAGUAUGAAUGCUAUACCUGGGGCAGCACAACUCUUCGAUGAGUUAGAUAAAAAGUUAAUGGUCUACCUGCGUGAUGGGAGGACACUCAUCGGAUACCUACGCAGUGUCGACCAGUUUGCUAACUUAGUUCUUCAUCGCACCAUAGAGCGUAUUCACGUAGGAACCCGAUAUGGGGACAUUGAUCGAGGAGUUUUUGUCAUCCGAGGAGAAAAUGUGGUAUUACUGGGAGAGAUUGAUGACACAAAAGAAGGAGCAGCAACUUUGGAGAAGGUGAGUAUUGAAGAGAUCCUAGAGGCACAGCGGGUAGAACAAGAACGUAGACAGGAGCAGGAACAGCUACGGGCACGAUUUAUGAAAGAACGAGGCCUUCAGUACACAGCAGAAAUUGGACCAGAUGACAUGUACUAGAACUUUCAGGUGUAUUUUUAACAAUCAGUGUAAUAUGUCUGGUUUUGUUGUAAUUUGAUAUCCAGUAGUUCUUUAAAGUGUUACUUGACACCGACUUGAAUAAUACUGUUUUGUGAUUUCAAGUUACAUAAAGUAUUCAUUGAAAAGGUAUGUACUGUAUAGCAAAGUGAAUUGAGAACUAGUUGACCAUAGAGUAUUUAGCAGUUAAAAAUGUUACUUUCUGAAAUUCUUUAAACUUGCCAGUUCAUUAUAAAUUUAAACUCAUUUAUAAUUUUUAUGAAAUGUACGAGAUAGUACUGUACAUGCAGACUGAUAUUGUUGGAUAUUAUUUUUAAUGGUUUCUUUUAAAGUUUCAUUAAAGUUUACACAUAUCAUACUGUAUGUACUGUAUGUUAAUUUCUUGCCUCUUUGUGAAUUUGAUAAACUACUGUAUGCUGUUUUUUUUCUGUUUGUGUGUGUAACUGACAAUUAAUAUUUUAUGAUAAUGGUGUUGGGGAUAAGAUGUUUGUACUGCAGUAAGGAAUCAAGCAAUGAACUGUAUCGGCAUGAUAUGAAAUGAUAUAUAAAUAUAAUUCAUUAACUGUACUGUAUAUGCACUACAUAUUAUUGUGAAUAAGGGAAUGUUACUCAAUCCCACAUUUUCAGUUAUGAUGGAACAUAUUACUUAGGGCCAGAAUAUUAAUCUUGGUAAUUCAUUUCAGUGGCACUUUCAGUCUAAUAACUAAAUUAGGAGAUGUUAUGGAGUUUUGCUGUGAAAAUUGGGACUUUUGUUGGUUAUGGUCAUUCAGUAGGUAGGCAGAGUUAGCAAUGGCAAUUAUUAUGAACUGGCCUUUAAGAAGGUUUAUUUUUUAGUAUAGUGUACAGUAUAAUUAUUAACAAAACAAGUAUAUUUGGUGAAGUUUCCAUUUUCUGUUUGAAGAUUUAUAUUUAACAACUCCAAAUCAUUCUUGCUCUGGAGCAAAAAAGGAAUCUAUAGUGAAGUAUUAUUUAUUUAUUUUGCAUGUACAGUACUGGGUAUUGUACAGUACUGUACAUAUAUGCAAUUUAUCAUUUACCCCUAGUAACCCUUUGGAUACACAUUAUGAGUUUACCCAGUUGAUGUAAUUUUGCCAUUAAAAAUUUGAAUUAA